GAGGCCAAAGAGCGCUACGAGUCGACCAAGUCCACGCUGCGCUCCGGCCUUUCCAAAAAGCGACAAAUCGAUCGAACAUUGACGGAUCUCGAAUCUCAGAUCUACCUCUUCGAAGGCAGUUAUCUAUCCAGCACAGCUUCUAGCGGUGGGAACAUCAUUAAGGGAUUCGAUGGCUAUCUAAAG